AUGAGAAGCGUUGGGAUUUUCCAGAUUCUUGCAAGCGAUUUUCAUGAUGACGCCAGCAUUGACUGCUCUAUUUCUUACUCUGACGACUGGAGCAGAUUAUUUUCUGGAAAGAUGGUGGAAGAGCACGAUUAUUAUGUUUUAUGGACAAGGAUAAUGCUCCAGAUAGUAUUCAAGGUUGCAAAGCGAAUUCCACCGCCAGAUUUUGCUUCAAUCGAAAGCUUUAAUGAUGAAAUUCUGUGCGCUUUCAUAAGCUCCGCAGAUAACCAUUUAAUGGCUUCGCUACGAUCAGAGUACUACGGGAGUGUAUCUGCCUUGUUGUGGCCGUACCUGAAAAUUCUGAAAAUUCUCGAUCGAAUCGAGGUUUCAGAGAAAGAGUUAUCCAAAGGCCAGCAAGAUAUCCUCCAUUUCAUCUACCACUGGGAGAGAUAUACUCUCUACAACAUUACCGCUUUUGACUGUGUUGGUGCAGUUAAUGGUCAUGUGUACAGAACAUUUCGGGGUACAAGCAGUAGUCUGGUAAUUAUGGGCAACCCUGUGAAUACACUUCACAUUCUACUGCAGCUCUUAGAUAAAGAUAUGAACUAUCUUUACCAAUAUACAGUCGAUAAAUUGUCCAGAUUUCGGCUAGCUAGUCAAAUUCUAAACCAGGAUCUCGAAUUUCUGCGUAUGCCCUGGUCACAAAUUAGCCCAACCUUUCAGUUGCAUCUAGCUACGACAUUGGUGGUUUAG